ACACACACACAACAAUUUAUUUUUCCCCCCAAUUAAAACCUCCCCAAUGAUCAACAAUAAAAAGAUACAUAUAUAAUACAGUAAACAAUAUAUGUAUCCGAGUAAUACAUACUAAUAAUAAUAAUAAUAAUAUUAAAACAAUCAAAUGUAGCAGCAGUAGGAUUAGUAGUAAUGGGAAGUGGUUUCUCAUGUUUCAAUCCAUCACACCACCGCCGUGAUGAACAACCACAUCACCACCUCAUUUUCACGUCGACGGAUCAUCAAGAUGAAAUCAACAACACCACCUCCUUAGGCCAUUCCUUCUGUUACGUACCUUCUUCUGCUUGUUCUUUUUCUUCAGCUCGAUUUCUUUCUCCGACUAACUCUCUUCGUUUCAUUUCCCCUUCACAUUCUUUACGUUUUUCACCACCACAUCAUGAAACGACGUCGUCUCACCGCCACCUUCUUAGAGCCAUUUCUGGCGCGUCUGUCAGUGCCAACACUUUAACUCCCAAUAUCAAUUUUAAUAAUACUAAUAAUAAUAACAAUGAUUAUAAUUGUGUUAAUAAUAAUAAUAAUAAUAAUGGGUUUGAGAGUACGUCGUCGUUUUGUGCUUUACCUUUACAACCAUUGCCUAAAAGUGAAACCGAAACGACGACGUCGGCCUUUUUUAUGUCGGGCCCGAUUGAAAGAGGGGCGUUAUCCGGUCCGAUGGACUCGGAUGCCGGUGGAAACAAUGGGGGCAGGGUGCCGUUUUCGGCACCUUUGAAUGGGGGCACUAAGUUUGUGAAAAAGAAAAGGGGGUUAAGAAAAGCGUUUCAACGCCCGUGGGUUGUCCCGUUGAAAAAGGACAAUGUGGGGGGCAGGGGAAGGGAGGAAAUAGAGAAUGAGGAUGUGCAGUGGGCGUUAGGAAAGGCCGGUGAGGACCGGGUACAUGUUGUCGUGUCGGAAGAACAUGGGUGGUUGUUUGUUGGGAUUUAUGAUGGGUUUAAUGGUCCUGAUGCUCCCGAGUUUUUGAUGGGUCAUUUGUGUAAAGCGACGUAUAAAGAACUCGAGGGUUUGUUUUGGGAUUCUGAGGAAACUUGUGUAACUGAUAAAUUGUGUGAAAUUGGGGCUAGAGUUGGGGCAGUGACGAAAAAGGUUACGUUUGAGACGGGUGUGGAGAGGAGGAAGAGAUUAUGGGAGUAUCUUGCUCAAGAUGAACUUGAAGACGGCGGUUUUGAUCUAUCGGGUUCUGAAAGGUUUGCGUUUUCUGUUGAUGAUGCGGUUAGUGUUAGUAAAUCUAGUUUAGGAGUUAGUAAACGGUCGUUGUUGUUAUCAAAGUUGAGAAACGGGUUUAGUAAACGUAAGGAGCAGGGUGGUAAGUUUUUUGCUUGGAGGUUUGGGUUGGGUGGAAAAGAUGACCAUAAGGAAGUGGAAAACCGAAUAAUAGAGGAAACAGGUAACGUUGGAAGAACGGGUAGGAUUAAGAAAGUUGGUCCAGUAGAUCAUGAGUUGGUUUUGAGAGCGAUGUCACGAGCUUUGGAAGUAACUGAGCUGGCGUAUUUGGAUAUGACUGAUAAGGUUAUGGAUCAGUAUCCAGAACUUGCAGUUAUGGGUUCAUGUUUACUUGUUGUGUUGAUGAGAGACGACGAUGUGUAUGUGAUGAAUGUGGGAGAUAGUCGUGCGAUUGUGGCACAACAACAAGAGCAGCCUCAAGAAGUUGGCUCUUCUGGGACAAUGAGUAGCGGGGUGGUUGUAGAGGGCAUCGUUGGAUCGAAAGAUGGUCCUGAAAAGAUGAAUGAUAAUGUUCCUGCUCACGAUAUGAGGUUGACAGCGUUGCAGCUGUCUACUGAUCACAGCACCAGCAUCGAAGAAGAAAUCACAAGAAUCAAGAAUGAGCAUCCAGAUGACAACCAGUGUAUAGUCAAUGGUAGGGUAAAAGGCCGUCUGAAGGUUACUCGAGCAUUUGGGGCUGGAUUCCUUAAACAGCCAAAAUGGAAUGAUUCGUUACUGGAGAUGUUUCGAAACGAGUAUAUCGGUACUGCACCGUACAUAUCAUGUGAACCUUCACUCAGGCACCAUCAUCUUUCUCCCAGAGAUCAAUUUCUAAUUCUUUCAUCAGAUGGACUGUACCAAUAUUUUACCAACGAGGAAGUGGUUUCUCAUGUAGAGAAUUUUAUGGAGAAGUUUCCUGAUGGUGACCCUGCCCAACACCUAAUAGAGGAACUUCUUUUACGUGCAGCCAAAAAAGCAGGGAUGGAUUUACAUGAGUUGCUAGACAUCCCACAAGGCGACCGUAGGAGGUACCAUGAUGAUGUUACCGUCAUGGUCAUUUCUCUAGAAGGCCAAAUAUGGAAAUCAUCAGGAAAAUACUUGUGACAUAACUUUUGUAUACCUGUUUAUAAAACUACAAAAAUUGACCCAUGAGGCUUAGACACGUUAGUCGUGUAAAGUUAAACGCCUAUAAACAGGGGAGCAGGCAUCAGCUCGUCUCACUUGCGUACAAAGAAAAUGGUGUUGGGUCAAACUGCUCAACAUUUGAUAGGAGACUUAAAACUGGAUGGCCCUAGAAAUAGUUGACAUUGGCCGUUUCGGAAAGAAAUUGUGUAGUUGGGGGUGGUAUAUAUAGAAUGGACAUUUUUCAUUUGAUGAUAUAUAUAUUUUUUUGGCUUUUUGCACA